AAAUGACCGGAGACGCGGUAAUCCCCUUGACCGUAGGCAGAGAAAACGGUGGUAAGAGUGUGUAAUACGUGCCUGCAUUAACGAACUCCUACGAGCAUGGCAAUUGAGGAACAGACUUCCCAGCAGCUAUAUAACGGGCCCAAUCCUCCACCAUCUUUCGUUUUCUACAUUCUUCAUUCUCCAUCUACAGCUCAAGCCCACUCUCCCUCUUCACACAACCCAGCCUCCACACAACCCAACCUCCACACUUCUUUUUCAAAUAUGUGCUCUACCAUUGCCUGCGUUGCCUGGGACGGUCUCGUCAUCGUCGGACUCAUCCUCCUCAUCAUCUGGAUCCUGUCCCUCGUUAACGUAAUCCACGUCGGCUCGACCGCCGGAUUGAAGCACAUCUUCAUCGUCCUCGCCGUCGUCUUCAUCAUCGCGUGGAUCUUCACCCGCUUCUGCUACGGACGUCGCCGUGGUGGCGGACGCCGCGCCAUUGUCUAAGGAGAACCAACGCGAUGCACCCUGUACAACCUACGAACUAC